AACCCUCACAGUGAUGUCAGCAUAUCCGAGCACUUAGCCAGCUCCAUUAGUAGUAUUUUGUGUCCCAUUAGUCAGUAAAUGUGUCACACCUGCAGAGAGGGGAUUAUAAUCCUGACAGCAGCCUUCUACAACACCUAUAAAAUCCCCCUCUGGUUAAUGCGCCACAUGCUAACAAGACAAAUACAGAGCACUAAUGGAAGUGAGCAGCAGAGUGAUGGUGCAGGUGUUGUUGUUGGCGUUGGUGGUUCAGGUCACCCUGGCCCAACACUGGUCCUAUGGAUGGCUACCAGGUGGAAAGAGAAGUGUGGGAGAGCUGGAGGCAACCAUCAGGAUGAUGGGUACAGGAGGAGUGGUGUCUCUUCCUGAAGAGGCGAGUGCCCAAACCCAAGAGAGACUUAGACCAUACAAUGUAAUUAAUGAUGAUUCCAGUCAUUUUGACCGAAAGAAAAGGUUCGCUAAUAAUUGAAGAGCUACAAAAAUAAAAAAGAAGAAGAUGAAGAAGAGGAGGAGGAGAAACACAGACAGUAUUUACAUCAUCGCCAACACCAGUGAUGGAUCGAGUGCAGAGUACUGACAUUAUCAUGUUUAUUUUACAGAUUAUAUUAAUUAAAUGUACGUCUGUGAUGUUUUCAAAUUGUAAUAAACUUUUUGAAAUCUGA